AUGUCCAUCGGCUUCACCAUUCCGGUUGUCAUGCUCUGCAAUGGCCCCGUAUCAGAUGUCCGCAGCAUCGGCAUGAUCAUUGUCUGCUUCGCGCUGACGGGCCUUCUCAACACAUCCUUCGCCUACUUCCUUACGUUUUUACUUCAGUGUCUCAUGGUCCGCUACGACAAACAUUUCUGGGUGGACAAGGGUGCCGAUGCUGAAAAGGGGGGGAGAUUGGGUGCGCAAAAGCCGCGCAAGCCCGUCAAAUCCCUAUGCGGAGGCUCUUCCUCCGGAAGCUCCUUGACCAUCGGCCUCGAUUCCUCAGCAGAGUCCUCCGAGACGGACGAGCCCACACCGCGACGAAACGCACCGAGAACACGCCCACAAACUGACACCCCGCCUCUCCAAACCCAACUGCAACUCUGGGCCCUCCGCAACCCCAUCCUCCUCCUCUGCUGGCUGCUCACGCUCACCAUCGGCCUACCGCUCCGCUACCACAGCGGCAACGACGUCCCCCUCGCAACCCUGCUCCUCUUCUCCACCUGGCUCACCACCCUCGCCAUCCAAACCGCCAUCAAAUCCCCGCAAAACCCCCUCCCCUCUUGGCUCCGCACCCUCCUCUCCGGCCUGCUCAACCCCGUCCUCUGGACCUCCCUCACCAUGAUCGCCUACAUCUUCACCGACGCCGCCCUCAGCCGCCGCCCUCUGCCCACCAUGCUCGCCACCCUGCAAACCCACACCCCGCUCUCCACCCUCAUCAUCCACCAUCGCCCAACGCCUCCAACCACCCCAACCGCCGGCGACGUCGCCACCACCCUCCUCAACGCCGGGCUCGUCGCCUGGGGCCUGAAGCUGUACUCCCACCGGCGGCACAUCUUCUCGCGCGGCGGGCUGGGCCGCGUGGGGGGUCUCGGCGGCGGUCGCGCCUGGGGAAUGCGGCGCUGGGGCCGGCGCUGGGCGGGGGGACUCGGGGUGGCGCCUGCGGGGGCGGCGCUGGCGUUUGCGGCGCGCAGUGUGACGGUGGCGUUGGCGGGGCCGGUGAUGGGGUUGUUGGGCGGGGAUGGAGGGUUGAAUGCGGCGAUGGUGGUGGGGAGUGGGAUUGUGUAUCAGAUGGGGUUGGGAUUGGGGGUGGGGAGGUGGUUGGAGAGGGUUGUUGUUGUUGAGACACAGACACAAACACAGACGGGCGGGGACAGAGACAGAGACAGAGACAGUGGGGAGGCCGCGGCCGUAACAGCACGGCGGAGGCGGCCGAACCACCCAAGGGUUGUUGCCGCCGGCGUCACGGUCGGCAUCAACGCCGCGGCGAUGGGCACGGCGUAUUUAUACGAGGUGCAGAGCGAGGCGGCCCCGUACGCGGCGCUUUCGAUGAUUGCGUUGGGCGUCAUGACGGUCGUGUUUUCGAGUAUCCCGCCGCUUGCGGCGUGGAUUGUAAAAAGUGUUGUGGAAUGA